CUCCACAUUGCAACUGAAAUGCAUUUGCACCACCACCAACUUCUUUUUAUGGUUUCAACCACCUUUACCACAGUCACAGUUGGCGGACAAAGCUCCCUCCCGGAGCAGCUGUUCCUCGAUUUGCCCGUCGCGGAAGUGCUCAAUCGAACAUCCGGGGAUCUAGUGGAACCAUGGGCCACCGAGUACUGCACUGCCAUUGCAGAGCAGCGAUAUGGAGACGCCAUCUAUGCCCGGUACAACAUCUUUGGGGAGGCCAAGGACGGCAUGCUGACGUUGUGGGACUGCACCCAUGAAGGGCUGUACCAUGAAUGGAACAUCACCGUGUAUGAGCAGAUCAUGGAGGAUGCUCGAGAAUACUACGAGGAGGAUCUGGACCUUUACCAAGAAGCACUGGAGUUUUAUAGCAGCAAUAGUCCCAACGACUCGCGGCCAGACAUCAUCGAGGCUCUGAACACUUUGAUGAACAAGGGGUCAAACGGACUUCAGACGCUCGCACAUUCUAUCCCUUCCACUCACAAUUGAAGCUUGCAAUCACUCAAUCAUGUCCAUCUCAUUACUGUUGGUACGUUCACCUCGGUCCAGGGUGUAAGACACUGCUAAGGGAGGAAUGAUACAGCAUUAGAUAUUAUAUUAAGAGAAGGAUCUUGGUG